AUGGAGGCCUCGGAAAACGCCAUUGAACCCGCCGCGCCGUUGGCAGCCGUGCCAGCUGCGACAGCUGAUUCUGCUGCAGGUCAAGCAGCUGGGCAGACUGUCAAUGCUCGAGAACAACAAUCACAGCCUCAGCAGGAGUCUUCCCAAGACCCUCAACAAAAAUCUGCGCAAGCGCCAGCCCAAAAUACGCAACCACGGCAAGGCCUGCCUAGCCGUCUCCCACUCACAGCCCAACGUUGCCCACGAGCGAUGCCGCGCGACACUUACAACCACCAGUCGCUUGGGGCGUCUCUAAACUCGUCUGUGAAACAGGCACGAGUAUUGAUGGUCGGUGCAGGAGGCAUCGGAUGCGAAUUGCUCAAGAAUCUGGCCCUUACGGGCUUCUCAGAAAUUCACGUUGUCGACCUUGAUACAAUCGACCUAUCGAAUCUGAACCGACAAUUCCUAUUUCGACAGGAGCAUAUAAAGAAAUCCAAAGCUCUGGUAUAUAUAGCACGCAGCUCAGUCACCAUGGAACGGGACGAAAAGCUAACAGGUGGACAGGUUGCCAAGGAAGUCGCCGAGAAGUUCAAUCCACACGUCAAAAUCGUCGCCCACCACGCCAACAUCAGAGAUGACCCCUUCGCUGUUUCGUGGUUUCGACAAUUCAAUAUCGUCUUCAAUGCACUGGAUAACCUGGAAGCUCGGCGACAUGUCAAUAAAAUGUGUCUUGCCGCCAACGUACCUCUGAUCGAAAGUGGCACUACUGGUUUCAAUGGCCAAGUUCAAGUUAUCAAAAAGGGCGUGACAGCAUGCUACGAUUGCACUGCCAAGGAGACACCCAAAACAUUCCCCGUCUGCACGAUCCGAAGCACGCCAAGUCAGCCCAUUCACUGCAUUGUCUGGGGCAAGAGCUAUCUGAUGAACGAAAUAUUUGGCGUCAGUGAGGACCAAUCUGCGUUUGAUCAUUCAGCGGAUGCUGAAAACGCUCACGAGAUCGAAGAGCUCAAGAAAGAGUCCGAGGCUCUGGAAAGGAUUCGGGAUGCGGUUGGCACUGAGAAUUUCCCCCAAAUGCUCUUCGAUAAAGUCUUUAAUAGCGACAUCGAGAGAUUGCGAUCAGUCGAGGACAUGUGGAAGUUGCGUAGAAAACCUGAGCCUCUGCAUUACGGCGCUAUCCUAGCUCAAGCUACUGAUGCUAUUGCAUCAAGGGACGAUAUUUUGAGCGAUGAUCAGCGGGUGUGGACCCUCGAAGAGAAUCUUGUGGUGUUCAGAGACAGCUUGGAUCGCUUGAGCAAGCGAAUAUUGGACAUUAAAAAGAAAAAAGACCCAUCCGGUCCUGAGCCAACAAUCAGCUUUGACAAGGACGAUAUUGACGCGCUGGAUUUUGUGGCUUCAUGUGCCAAUAUCAGAUCAACCAUUUUUGGAAUUGAUCGCAAAUCACGAUUCGAAAUCAAGCAAAUGGCUGGCAAUAUUAUCCCAGCCAUUGCCACUACAAAUGCUAUUGUCGCCGGUCUAUGCAUCUUGGAGGCAUUCAAAGUUCUUAAGGGAGAAUACGAACAGGCCAAAGAGGUGUUUUUGCAACCAUUUUCCUCAACCAGGCUUCUCGGCUCAGAUACAUCGCGAAAGCCCAACCCAGAAUGUCCAGUGUGCAGUGUUUUCAAUGUCACGAUCAAGGUUGACCUUUCCAGGGCAACACUGAAUGAUGUUGUGGAGGACAUUAUCAAGAAACAGCUCGGUUUUGAAGAGAAGGAGUUUGUCCUCAACAACGAGGUUGGUAUCGUGUAUGAUGCGGAUGAGACUGAUAAUCUACCGAGAAAGCUUUCGGAUCUUGGCAUCAAAGCGGGAAGCUUCCUCACCGUGAUUGACGAAGAUGACGAAGAGCCGUUGGUUAAUAUUGUGAUGAAUAUUGAGGAAAGUGCUGUGGGGAUCCAAGAUAAGCCUGUUGAGGUUGGCUUUGAGGAGAAACCUGAGAUUCCUCGGAAGCCCAAGAAGGCUACAAUUGCAACCAACGGUGAGCCCAAUGGCGUCCAGCAAAACGGAAACCAUCCAGGUGCAGAUGUGCAAAGCGCGACCCUCAAAAGAGCCCAUCCAGGUGAUGAGCAAAGUAGGGCACUCAAACGAGCCCAUUUGGACGACAAUGUGCAAGGCGGGACUCUCAAACGAGCCCACACAGGUGACGACGCGCAGCUGACGAGAAAAUUGAGGAUCACCGGUGCUGAGGACGAUCAUGUUUUGCUUGUACAAGACGACGACGGUGGCGCAAUUGUCAUUCCCGACGACUGA